CUGUAAUGGAACGCAGUUGAUACGCACUACCUGUCGUUCCGCGCAUGUCACGCACGUAGCCUUUCACGGAAGGGGCCUUGCAAGUUGGAGCAGAAUCUCAUUUUUCAUCCUAUGGAUCACUGAAUUAGAAAGAGAUGGUUUUACCUCGUCUCACAGGAGCACUGCGCUCUUUUUCAAAUGUCACCAGACAAGAUGAUUACAGGGGAGACUCGACAGACUUGAUGAAAAAACGAUUGAAAGUGCAUGAACAGAGUUUGGAGUCUGACCUUACUUGGAAUAAAAUAACUCGGUAUGUCACUAGCACUGUGGAUAAGAAUGAUCUUCAAGCAAUAAACAAGGACUUAAAAGAAAUAUUGCAGGCCGCCAAACUGAUUGUUGGAACUGACCACGGAAAAGAGGCAAUUGAAAGUGGAGCCCUUUUUCUCUUCAAGACCUUUCAUGAGAAGGAGAGCGUUGGUCAAAAUGAGACCAAAGCCAUCAAACAAAUGUUUGGUCCCUUUCCAUCUUCGUCAGCAACAGAAGCUUGUAUUGCUACAAAUAAUAUUGUGUCACAGUUUACCCCAGAACAGUUACAGGAACUGGGCCUAUUGUUCCAAAAAAGCCCUUUUGAAGAAAAAACCUCUUUUGGUAAAAAUUUACUUUUUUCUUUUGAAAUGUAUGAAUUAGAAGAAAGUGAACCUUUGCCUGUCAAUGGCAGUAUAGAUCAAGAAAAUGACAUAAGCUUGGAUUUCAGGAAAUUUCAAGAAAAACACAAGGAAACCUUUCAAAGCACAUCUAAUUCUAUCUCAAAGCACACACCCUAUGAGAAUGAAGACAGUUUUUCUUUUUUAUUUGAUGAAGUGGAAAAGUAUGUACUUUAUACCUCAAAGAAUACACCAGGAGGCCCCACUGUAGAUGACCUAUGUGGCACUUUAUUUGAGAUGCUUGCAUCUACCAAAAGCAACGAUGAGCUUCAGAAUGAGUUAUUCGAAUUUCUAGGACCUGAAGGGAUAGAAUUUAUAGAAGUACUUCUUCAGCAAAGACAUAAAGUUGUGGAGAUGUCCCUGAGUUGUCCAAAUGGUGUCAUGUCACGCUUCCAACAAGAACAGUGCAAACGGAAUUCUGGAGAAAAUGCAAGACCCUUUUAUGGCUGUCAAGUCACUGUUCAGUCUGAGCAGGAAAAGCACUUAAUGAAACAAUACCGUCGUGAAGAAAAACGAAAUGCCAAGCGAGAAAAACGAGUAGCAGAGGAUGGAGAAGUUCCUGGAGAAGGACUAAUAUGCUUUGAUCCCAAGGAACUGAGGAUGCAAAGAGAGCAGGCUCUUUUAAAUGCUAGAACCAAUCCAAUUCUGGGCAAGGACAGAGAUUAUGGGGAAAGGGUCCGAUAUCCUCAUGUUUAUGAUUCUCAUGCAGAAGCCAUGAAAUCAUCUGCUUUUGUUGGAGGUGCAAAGCUUCUUCUCCCAGAAGGCAUUCAAAGAGAGAACAACAAAGUAUAUGAGGAAGUGAAAAUACCCGUUACUGAACCAAUGCCUAUUGGGUUUGAGGAAAAACCAGUUUUCGUUAAAGACUUAGAUGAGAUUGGGCAACUUGUAUUCAAAGGACUAAAACGACUAAACCGUAUACAGUCCAUUGUUUUUGAGACUGCUUACAACACAAAUGAGAACAUGCUCAUCUGCGCACCCACAGGCGCUGGGAAAACAAACAUUGCUAUGCUUACAGUUUUGCAUGAAAUUCGUCAGAACAUUCAACAAGGUGUUAUUAAAAAAGAUGAAUUUAAGAUUGUGUAUGUAGCUCCUAUGAAGGCCUUGGCAGCUGAGAUGACAAAUUACUUUAGCAAGCGUCUAGAGCCACUGGGUGUCACAGUGAAAGAGCUGACUGGUGAUAUGCAGUUGUCAAAAGGUGAAAUUUUACGAACCCAGAUGCUAGUUACUACCCCUGAAAAAUGGGAUGUUGUUACAAGGAAGAGUGUUGGUGAUGUAGCCCUCUCUCAGCUUGUAAGACUACUGAUCUUAGAUGAAGUUCAUCUGCUGCAUGAAGAUCGAGGUCCAGUAUUGGAAAGCUUAGUAGCACGUACUUUACGGCAGGUGGAAUCAACACAGAGCAUGAUCAGAAUUCUAGGAUUGUCUGCUACGCUUCCCAAUUAUGGUGAUGUGGCUACAUUUCUUCAUGUCAACCCUUUUAUAGGCCUUUUUUACUUUGAUGGUCGAUUCAGGCCUGUUCCACUUGGACAGACAUUUAUUGGAAUAAAGUCUACAAACAAGACUCAACAGCUCCAUGAUACUGAAGAAGUAUGUUAUGAAAACGUUUUGAGGGAAGUGAAAGCUGGUCAUAAGGUAAUGGUUUUUGUUCAUGCCAGAAAUUCCACUGUAAGGACAGCAAUGGCCUUGAAAGAACUAGCAAAAAACAAUGGGCACAUUUUGUAUUUUUUGCCGAAUCAAGGACCCGACUAUGGUCAGGCGGAAAAACAAGUGCAAAGGUCUAGAAAUAAGCAGCUAAGGGAGUUGUUUCCGGAUGGAUUUAGUAUUCAUCAUGCAGGCAUGCUGCGGCAAGAUAGGAGUUUGGUGGAAAACCUCUUUUCUCAGGGACAUAUCAAAGUCCUGGUUUGUACAGCCACAUUAGCCUGGGGUGUCAAUCUCCCCGCUCACGCUGUAAUCAUUAAGGGAACACAAAUAUAUGAUGCAAAGAGAGGUUCAUUUGUAGACCUGGGGAUAUUAGAUGUAAUGCAGAUUUUCGGCCGAGCUGGACGCCCACAAUUUGACAAGUUUGGAGAAGGCACAAUCAUUACAACUCAUGAUAAACUCAGCCAUUAUCUAAGUCUUUUAACACAGCAAAAUCCUAUUGAAAGUCAAUUUUUGGAAAGUCUGGCAGAUAAUCUGAAUGCAGAGAUUGCUCUUGGCACAGUUACAAACGUGGAAGAAGCAGUGAAGUGGCUAAGUUAUACUUACCUUUAUGUACGGAUGAGAGCAAAUCCAUUAGUUUAUGGCAUCAGUUAUGCAGUGUUACAGAUGGAUCCUACACUGGAGAAACACAGAGAACAAUUGAUUAUUGAAGUGGGACGUAAACUGGACAAAGCACGAAUGAUUCGAUUUGAAGAGAGAACAGGUUUUUUCUCCUCAACGGACUUAGGCAGAACUUCUAGCCAUUACUACAUCAAGUAUAACACUAUUGAGACGUUCAAUGAAUUAUUUGAUGCCCACAAAACAGAAGGUGACAUUUUCGCUAUAGUGUCAAAAGCUGAAGAAUUUGAGCAGAUCAAGGUUCGUGAUGAAGAAAGUGAAGAGUUAGAACAUUUAAUAAACAAUUAUUGUGAACUUCCUGUUGCUGGUGGAGUGGAAAAUGGUUAUGGAAAGAUAAAUAUUCUUCUUCAGACCUACAUUGGCCGAGGCGAGAUUGACAGUUUCUCACUGAUCUCUGAUUCUGCUUAUGUUGCACAGAAUGCAGCUCGGAUCGUUAGAGCUCUUUUUGAGAUUGCCCUGAGAAAAAGGUGGCCUGCCAUGACUUACAGGCUUCUAAACCUCAGCAAAAUCAUUGAUAAGCGCCUGUGGCGUUGGGCUAGCCCGCUGAGACAGUUCUCGAUUCUACCCCAUUCUGUACUUUCAAAACUCGAGGAGAAGAAACUUACGAUUGAUAAAUUAAAGGACAUGAGGAAAGAUGAAAUUGGUCACAUGUUACAUCAUGUGAACAUUGGGCUAAAGGUGAAACAGUGUGUCCAUCAAAUUCCAUCCAUUACGUUGGAAGCAGCUAUCCAACCAAUUACACGCACAGUCCUCAGAGUUCGAUUGAACAUCAAUCCUGACUUCAAAUGGAACGAUCAGGUGCAUGGAACUGUGGGGGAGCCCUGGUGGAUUUGGGUUGAAGAUCCUACAAAUGAUCACAUCUAUCAUUCAGAAUAUUUUCUUCUUCAAAAGAAACAGGUUGUCAUGAAAGAACCACAACUUCUGGUUUUUACAAUACCAAUUUUUGAACCUUUGCCUUCACAAUACUAUAUUAGAGCUGUCUCUGACAGAUGGCUGGGAGCUGAAGCUGUGUGUAUCAUAAAUUUUCAACAUCUCAUUUUGCCAGAAAGACAUCCGCCACAUACAGAAUUGCUGGACCUGCAACCAUUGCCUAUAACAGCCCUGGGAUGUAGAGAAUAUGAAGCACUCUACAAGUUUACACAUUUUAACCCCAUUCAGACGCAGAUCUUUCAUACGCUGUAUCACACUGAUUCUAAUGUCUUACUUGGCGCACCAACAGGCUCAGGAAAAACUGUGGCUGCUGAGCUGGCCAUCUUCAGAAUCUUCAACAAGUAUCCAUCUUCCAAGGCAGUUUACAUAGCUCCACUUAAAGCAUUAGUACGUGAGAGAAUGGAGGAUUGGAAAAUUAGAAUUGAAGAAAAACUUGGAAAGAAAGUUGUAGAGCUGACAGGUGAUGUUACUCCUGAUAUGAGAGCAAUUGCUGAAGCAGACCUUAUUGUUACUACUCCUGAGAAGUGGGAUGGUGUCAGUAGGAGUUGGCAAAACAGGAGCUAUGUACAGAAGGUUUCUAUUCUCAUUAUAGAUGAAAUCCAUCUGCUUGGGGAUGAGAGAGGGCCGGUUCUGGAAGUUAUUGUGUCUCGAACAAAUUUUAUUUCAUCACAUACUGAGAGAACUGUAAGAGUAGUUGGUCUCUCUACUGCUCUUGCUAAUGCCAAAGAUCUUGCAGACUGGUUGGGUAUUGGACAGAUGGGGUUGUUUAACUUCCGGCCAUCAGUACGACCAGUACCUUUAGAAGUUCACAUUCAGGGAUUCCCAGGUCAGCAUUACUGUCCCCGUAUGGCCAGUAUGAACAAGCCUUCAUUUCAAGCUAUAAGAAGCCAUUCACCUGCAAAGCCUGUGCUUAUCUUUGUGUCAUCCAGGCGUCAGACUCGACUCACUGCCUUAGACUUAAUUGCCUUCUUAGCAACUGAAAAUGAUCCCAAGCAGUGGCUAAGCAUGGAUGAAAGAGAGAUGAAUGACAUCAUUUUAACAAUAAGGGAUUCAAACCUGAAGCUGACCCUUGCUUUUGGAAUCGGCAUGCAUCAUGCAGGCUUGCAUGAAAGAGAUCGAAGAACUGUGGAAGAGCUGUUUGUGAACUGUAAAAUUCAAGUUCUUAUUGCAACUAGCACGUUGGCAUGGGGUGUGAAUUUUCCGGCACAUUUGGUAAUAGUAAAAGGAACAGAAUUUUACGAUGGAAAAACAAGGCGUUAUGUAGAUUACCCCAUUACAGAUGUGCUUCAGAUGAUGGGGCGUGCUGGCAGGCCCCAGUUUGAUGACCAAGGAAAAGCGGUAAUCUUAGUUCAUGAUAUAAAGAAAGAUUUCUACAAGAAGUUUCUCUAUGAGCCUUUCCCAGUAGAAUCUAACUUAUUGGAGGUGCUUUCUGACCAUUUAAAUGCUGAGAUUGCAGCUGGAACCAUAACAUCAAAGCAAGAUGCUAUGGACUACAUAACAUGGACCUAUUUUUUCCGUCGUCUCAUGAUGAACCCAAGUUACUACAGCUUGGAAGAUGUUGGACACGAAAGUAUGAACAAGUACCUUUCUAAUCUUGUAGAGAAGUCGCUAAUUGAUCUGGAAUGCUCUUACUGCAUAGAAAUAGAUGAGGAUAAUCGUGGCAUUGUACCUCAGACCUAUGGACGUAUUUCUUCCUAUUAUUAUUUGAAACACCAGACAGUUCGGAUGUUUAAAGAUCGCUUGAAGCCAGAAUGUACCGUGGAAGAAUUGCUUUCAAUACUGACUGAUGCUGAAGAAUACACAGAUCUCCCUGUGCGUCACAAUGAAGAUCAAAUGAAUAAUGAACUUGCCAAACAUCUUCCAAUAGAAGUCAAUCCUCAUUCAAUGGAUAGCGCGCACACCAAGACGCAUCUGCUACUGCAAGCCCAUUUCAGCAGAGCUAUGUUACCCUGUCCUGAUUACGGUACUGAUACCAAAACAGUGUUGGAUCAAGCAAUAAGAGUCUGUCAGGCAAUGUUGGAUUUAGCAGCAAAUCAUGGCUGGUUGGUGACUGCCUUAAACAUCACUCAUUUAGUUCAAAUGGUAAUUCAAGCCCGAUGGAUUUAUGAUUCCUGUUUGCUAACAGUGCCCUUUAUAGAAAAACAUCACCUUCAUCUAUUCAGUAAGUGGAACAAAGGAAAAUGGAAAAGUAACAAGCACGAGUUUACAGAAACAAUUGAGUGUCUUCCAGAGCUGAUUGCUGUUUGUGGAGGAAGAGAAGACAUUUUCACUUCCAUUAUCGGCAGUGACCUACAAGCCACACACAUUUCCCAGGCUUGGAGCUUUGUGGCAAAUCUACCAGUUAUAGAUGUUAGUUUGUGCAUUAAAGGAUGGUGGGAAAAUAGAGUUCAAAAAGAGGAUGAAGUUCCUGUCCCUACCGUGCUUCAAGGAAAACAAGAGAAAACAUGGAUCAAGUUGCAUGCUGAUCAAGAAUAUGUGCUUCAAGUAAACCUACAGAGGAUACGAACAGGAUACAAAAAGGGAAAACAAGACAGCAAAGCAAUCGCCUCAAAAUUUCCCAAGGCCAAGGAUGAGGGAUGGUUUUUGAUCUUGGGUGAAGUUGACAAAAAAGAACUUGUUGCACUAAAAAGAAUUGGAUAUGUUAGAAACAAGAAUACAGUAUCUGUGGCAUUUUACACUCCUGAAAAUGUUGGAAGGUAUAUCUACACUCUCUAUCUGAUGAGCGAUAGCUAUCUAGGCAUGGACCAGCAGUAUGAUGUAUAUCUAAACAUUAUUCCAGCCAGUAUAUCAGCCCAGGUCAACUCUGAGGUCUCUAGUGCCUUAGAUAACCCAGGACACAAGUAACCUGAUCUCAAUGCUGUGGGACGAGCUGUGUUGUGAAGACAGCUGUUAAGUCACUCUGGACUGAAAAAAAAACUGCUUGAUGCUUCCCUCAGAAGAAUCAACUUUCAACCUCAACAUAUUUAGAAAUGUAAAUGGAUUCACAGGAUCUUCUUGAACAAGUAUUGCCAAACAGGCCUUACAGAAUGUUGCCUUUUGUAAUUAAUAUUUGCAAACUAUUUGUGCAUUGUUUGGCCGCACAACAUCACUGUGUAAAAACAUAUCCUAUACAUCCUUGUUGAAAUGGGAAACCAUUAAGUUUGGGAUCAAACUAAAUAAUUGAGGAUUAACCUUGUAUGUUAAUUAUCAUUGCCUUAUCAGAAGGCUCUAGGUAUUUUUCUUCUUACAUUUUGUUUUUUAAAGAUAUACAUGUCGUUAAAUUAAUAUAUGAUUUUAAGCAAAUUGCAAUACAGUCAAUCUGCAUUCAGUAGUGAAAAAGAUAUAUAUUAAUAACAAGAAUUGCAUUUAUACUAUUAUACUUUUGAAGCUGUUAAUAUGAAAUUACUAUCUUGUUUACAUUUAUAGGGAAAAUGACCCACAAAAUCUGAUUGGGCGUAUGCAAAUAGUUCAUUCCAUGCAGUUACACUUAUGUACAUUGAGUUGCUCUGUACAAUAAACAUUCUUUGUCUGCAGUGCAA